ACGGUAGCGAAAAAGCUGGUUUCAUCUGUCGUCAAGGCGGGAAGUUGGAAAUUGAGGUGGAGAGAUGGAAAGCGAGGCAACGAAGAACGAUUUGCAGGGCAUUUUUGACGCCAUUAAAGCAUCAGAGGAUCUUGAUAAUCGAAUUUCACUUGUUAACCAAAUUGGGGAUUCCUAUCAACUGGAGACACCGGAUGUAGUUCUUUUAAUAAAUUUGUUGAUCACGCUUUGGGAGGAGUCCGCUUGCUCUGGCGUGUCAAGAUGCAUGUUACAUAAAACGCUUUUGCAUACAGCGGCAAAGUACUUGGAAUCUGAUAUCAUAAACUAUCUCAGUCCGUUUCUCAUUCUUGGAACAAAGGCAAGCAUGUGGUGCAGAAAUCAUUUCCAGGUGACUCUUACAUCAGUGGAAGAGUUCCAUGAGGAACAACAUAAAAGCCUAUUAUAUCAGCUAAUCCUGGACUCUUUGGGUUUCUCUUCCGCUGUUAUUUCAACUCUGAUAAAAUCUCCUCCUUUUGGGGAGAAGGUGGAUGUGCUUAUCGUUGAGAACUUCAUCUUUGAAAUAUUAAGCUUAACAAAGGCUUUGAUUCUUGAGUUGAAGAGGAUUGAUAUAAUUGCUUCAGAAGCUCUUAAACUGGGACAAGUUGUUCUGGAUGCUGCAGUAAAGCUCUGCAGAGCAUAUUAUCAGGCUCUUAGAUGCAAGGACACUGGGGUCCAUGUUCGCAGAAACGAAGCAUCGGUUACUGGCAAAGUAGAGGAUUAUGCCUGUCAUUUCACCAGCAUAACAGUCUGUACUAUUGAAAACUUAUUUGAUAUUGGAACCUUCGCUGCUUCCGGUGGCGGGACUUUUGUGACUAUUCUAAACAUUUCCUGGAAAGGUGUUGUAUGUUUAUUGCAACUGGAUAAAGGUGUCUUGUCUGAAAAAGUAAAUGUGGAAAAAAUUAUUCUAACUCUAAUCUCAUUGACUGUUGAGUCCUUGAGGUAUUCUGCUGAAGCAUGGUCAGCAUCAAGCUCGGUCACCGCUACCUUAACUGAGGCAAAACGAACAUUUCUACCAAUAAAGUUUUAUUUAAUUAAUUCUGUCCGGAUCUCUUCUGAAUAUCCAUGUAAUGCCAUGAAUAUAUGCAGGGAAGUAGUGAGAUGCGUGGUGUUGAUCUCAUCUCUAUGUAUUAUUUUAAGUAAAGAAAUCCAUCUCAAAGCUGCUACUGAGGCAAUGGCAGAAUUACUGGAACCGACAUCCUUUCUUUUACUGCAUACGCUACUAAACUCAGCUGAGGUGAAAUUUGAGUCCAAGUUGCAGAUUCUGGAGUGGCUAUUUCCACAUGAAAUAAAUUCUUUCAUGUUUGAUCAGGAUAAGGAUAUUUAUACUGCUGCAGCUACCUUGGACAGUGUUUUUGAUGUAAGUUGUGAUGCUUUGCCAGGAGCUGAAUCUCUACUGCUAGGAAAAGUUUUCUUGUCUCUGAAUCUUCUCAAAGUCUCUUCAUCAUUGAGAGAAGAAAUAAUAUUAGAAAUCUCAAGAAAGCUUGAUAAUCUUAUGUCUGUUUUGACAAAUGCAGAUGUAUUCUCUUCUGUUCUUGGUCUGCAAAUACCUGUAUUUAAUGCCUUGGGACCUUCCACUGGGGUAGUUUGGCAACCAAUGUACUCCUUUGUCUUAAGUGCUCUUAAAACCUUCAUGAUUGUGGCAACUUCUUCAUGCCUCGUAUGGAUGGAGAUUGAAACUUUUCUACUCCAGAAUCUUUUUCAUCCCCACUUUCUUUGUUUGGAGAUUGUCAAGGAGCUUCUGUGCUUUCUUAUACGUCACGCUGAAAAUGACAUGGUCAACCAAACUUUUGAAAAAUUGUGUCUGUUGCUGAAGACCGUUGCCUCAUCUCAGCCUUCUCUUACACCAGCAUCUCCUCUAAGGAAGCUGGCCAGAUCAAUAUCCUACCUUCUUCCUUAUGCAACGCCUGCCUGUAUAGAUCAAGUUUAUACCACCGUACUUAGUGAGGAAAAAUCUGAUUUGUCAUCUCUCAUGUAUAUGGCACUAUUGAUGGAGGGAUUCCCAUUAGAUUCAUUAUCCGACAAAGUUAAAAUAGUUGCCACUAGAAAGAUUAUUUCUACUUUUGUUAGCUUUAUAGAGAACAACUCCAAGGAGUUUGAACUGGGUGCUUCUGCUUCCCUAUCUUGCAAUUCUGGUUUGCUCGGGUUGCCUGUUCAUGCCCUUUCAUCUGCUUUAUGUUCACGAAAUAUUGAAAGUUCAGAUGCUAUUAAUGAAAAAGUCAUCUCCCAGCUCCUGAAGUUCACCAUUACUGUGAUUCAAACGUAUAGAAAUGCUGGAGAAGGGAUGAAAGACCAAUAUGCUGAACUACUUGGUGCACUAUUAGAAGUAAUCUCAAAUGCAAAACAUCUCUAUAGAUAUGUUGAAAUCAGAGAAAUUAUUUUGGAGCUGCAAAAAUUAUUUGUGGAACCUGAUGCUCCAUUAUCUAGAUGCCAACCUUAUCUAGCUACAUUCCUGUCUAGUCUAUGUCAUAUUCAAAUUGCAGAAUAUGUUGAAAACACACUUACUGCUGCAAUUUGGGACCUGUACCAUUUGCUGCUUAGAGAUAGACACUGGGCAUUUGUUCAUUUGGCUAUUGCUGCAUUUGGACACUUCGCUGCUCGUACUUCCUGCACACAACUUUGGAGAUUUGUUCCCUCUAAUGCAGCACUUUCGUUUGAUUCUGCUACUGGGAGCGAGGCAAAUUAUGACAGUUUCAUGAAUGAGCUAAAAGGAUUUCUUGAGAAAGAAGGGGCUUUAUGUGAGUCUUCUCCAUGUAAAGAACAGCUAAGUUUUCUCAUCAAGGAAGGCAUUGCUCUUAAAAGGCUAACCAAGACAUUAACUACCAUGCAAGAGGUCCCAGUUAUACAAUCUGUAGAAAUCAAUGGUCAUAGAAAAUGUGAGAGGAAAAAGAGAAGAAAGCUUCCUGAUGGAAUUUGUGAAGGAAUGGAUUUGCUGCAGAAUGGUUUGAAGGCUAUGAACAAUGUUCUUUCCCAACCUGACUCUGCGGAUCUCAAGGAAGAAUUUUCUGUGCAUAUUUCAUGCCUUAACGACGUACUUUCUCACCUGGUCAGUCUAUAUAAUGCCCAUCUUUAAUGUAUAGCAUUUUGUCGCUAGUUCAAAAUUUUAGGUUUCUGGCUUUCUGCAUUACCUAUUUUUGCAAGACGACUAGCGUUCUGCUUGCAGUUGUUCCUUAUGAAAGCCAACGUUACUCAAAAGCUUUUAAUUGUUUACUCCUUGGUAAAGUUUGAGCAAAAUUUCCAUUUCUGAUAAUCAACUUUCUACUUAGCUCAUUUUGGUCUGUUGGUUUGGAGUUUUGACUAUCAACUAAGAGGUAUUGGAUUUAA